UAUACUCAUAUUUAAAAUAAUCAACAACACGUGCAACUGACGGCUAGGGAAAUGGGUAAAACACGGAAAGUGAAGACCCGAAAUCCGUCCGGAAUGGACACCUCCACAGGACUAGAGACUGAUGCUGGAGGAGAGGGCGAGGUGGAAGGAUGUGGUCCCAUCGAAGCGAUAUGUUUGCACCUGCAGCGCCCCGACGUGGAGGACAAACUGAAUGGACUGCAUUCCUUUGCUGUUCUGGCGCUGCGAAAGGAAAAAGUGCGAGAGAUUUGUGAGAGCGAACUGGUCAGGAUUGCGGCUCCAUUGCUGUGUGACAAGGAGAGCGCUAUUCGUGACGCAGCUGCCGGCGCCUUCCGGAACCUAUCAGUUUUUGGAUCGGAGGUCUGUGACUUUCUGGUGGACAACGACAUACUGACUGCGCUGCUGUCUCUGCUCCUGGAGUACGAUCUGACCAAAGGUGGCUUUGAAACCGAAUUGCAAGCCGACAUUUUCCUUCAGGCCAUCCAUCUGCUCCGGAAUCUAUGCGAGAGCUCCCCCACAGCCACCGAAGCCUUCAACCAGGCCAACUUCCUCGGCAGACUGCUGCUAUGCCUGGAUUAUCGCAAAUUUGGCUUGGAGAUAUCGUUGUCAGUGGCCCAACUGGUGCUAGUAAUAUCAGAGAACAACUCUUCCUCGUGGAACCUUCUGGCUAGCGCCGGCAUAUUACCCGAGCUGCUGGCUAUUCCAGCGGAGAGUCACGGUCAUCUUUAUCUUAGCGCUUUGGCAGCAGGGAUACUGUGCAAUGUACCCGCAUGCUCGGCUGCCCACACGAAAGAGAUCUUAACUGGCUUGGACACGCUGCUCAGUAUUGAUUCCCAAUCCCAGCUGGUAAACUGCAGAGCACAGAUACAGGACGUGAAAUCAAAAAACGAAGCUCCUGUUCUGGAAAUAUCUAUGGAAACCGAAGAACUACCAGAAUCCCAAAACGUGAACGAAAACAAAUCCGAUCAGAGCGACGCAGAAGCUGUGUUGAAGAACUUGGAACACCUGCUAGACGGUCAGCGCUUGGUGGCGGAGAUUAUAACCAAUUUAGGGUCCAGUGAUGAUCAGAGCAACUGGGACUCUGCCUCCGACCAGUCAGAGACUGAAAGCGUGGCCGACUACGACAUGGAAGAUGAUACAGAAGAGAGCGGAGCAGGAGGACUACCAGCUAAUUUUGUAGAGACCAUCAAACUGAACAACGUUGUCCAGAAACUUUGGCUGAAAGCACAACCCUUGGAUCCCACUCUGGAGAAACUCUUGGCUCAGCAUGAGAACCUGCGGGAAAAGGUCUCCAAGCUGCGGGUAUCUUACCUCAUCUGUUUGCAGAACCUGUGCAAUGUAUUGUCUGUUGAGGAUCUGGGUGGACACACUGAGAUCUACAACAUGUGGAUGAACCUUGGCCAGCAGGCGUUCAAGGGCUCCGAGGAGGUGCCAGUGAUGGAAGCCAUCACCUCUCUGAUGCGCUCCACGCUCAGUUUGCUCAAGUCCCGGCGAGAACUCUUCGGCCAAAUGACCGAAAACGAUUUGAAUAUGAUCAUCGAGGGAGCCAGCAAGUGUACAGUAAUGGACAUCCGGGUCAACUGGAACCGCAUGCUGGGAACUCUGGGAUCGCUGCUUCCAGAACAGCUGGUUAAAGCCAUUGUUCUCUUCCUGCUCAAUGCUUGUGCCCAGGAGGAGGAUCUGUGGGCCCUCUCGGAAGGGCUGGACGCUUUAAUGGACAUUUUCGCCGUGGAAGACUGGCCCCAAAUCAUCGCCGAGCUGCAAAUGUGCGAACGAAUCCAAGCCCUGGAAGAGAUAUUCAAGUCCAAGCUGAGACAACAGCGCCGCGAUCUAAAGGAACGUCGCGCCACCAUCUACACGGUUAAGACGAAUUUUGCCCGAUUCGUCUCAUAUUUAAACAAGAACUGUAAACAAUAAAAAUGACCAACCAAAAAAA